UCAUCUCCAACAAAGGCAGUUGCUUGGUGGCUGCUCCUCGCUGUCCUGUACUGUUCUUCUUUUGGGGACACACACUUAAGUUCUUUGAUAUUUCAAUUAAAACUAGAAUGAAGCUACUGUGGAAGUUCUUUCUGGGAAUCCUUCUCAUUGGACGGCCUGGUCAAAGUCAAGAUGAAGACUCUCUAGAGGAGAAACUGGAGGAGCCAGCAGAGGAUGAAGGGGCUGAAGAUGGAGGAGAUGUUGUGACGGAGGCAGCAGAAGAGGUGGUGGAAGAGCCUGAGGGUCCAUGGGCAGAUGUCAGUCAACCUGAUGAUAGACAGCCAUGUGCCAUGUGGAUGGGAGGUGUUCCUGGCACACCUGGGCACAGUGGACAACCUGGGAGAGAUGGCAGAGAUGGGCAUGAUGGUCCAAGGGGCGAGAAAGGAGAUAAAGGUGAACCAGGUAUGAAAGGAGAUCCAGGUGAGAAGGGGGACGUCGGCCCUGCUGGACCAAGAGGCUUUCCUGGAAACCCUGGUCUGAAAGGAGCCCAUGGUGAAAGUGCCUUUUCUUACCACUCAGCCUUUAGCGUAGGUCUCAGUGAAUUCGUUUCAGCCUCCAAUGUGCCAAUUCGCUUCAACAAGUUCUUCUACAAUGACCAGCACCACUACGACAAUGUUUCCGGAAAGUUCAAUUGUGUUCUGCCAGGGGUGUACUUCUUCACUUACCAUUUGACAGUGUACACUAAAGAUGCAAAGGUCAGUCUAUACAAGAAUGACAAGGCCAUCAUGUUCACCUAUGACCAGUAUCAGGAGAACAACGUGGAUCAGGCAUCAGGUUCUGUUAUCCUGAGACUGCAGGCAGGAGAUGAGGUGUGGCUGCAGGUUUAUGGAGACAAGGAGUUUGGUGGAAUCUAUGCAGAUAACAGUAAUGACUCUACCUUCUCUGGUUUCCUCCUGUAUCCUGACAUUCCUGUCCCUGCACAGAGACGUUAACUAUAAACUAAAUGUAUCCAUUUGGCUAUUUUUGGCAGGAAUAGAUAUGGUUCAGUCCUGUACCAGGCUAUUGUAUAGUUAUGAGAUUCAGCACAUUCUUUGUAUGAAAUUGGCAGGAGAUAUUGAAAUCCAUUUGUAUUUUAUGUUUACAAAAUAUGACACAUAAAGAGUGUUAGAGUCAAAUUAGUUUUAUGCUUUAUAUUUCUGCUUUUUUUUUUCAAUAGUCUGUUGUGUGUUAACAGUGUCUUUGCUUUUCCAUUAUAACUAGAAAAUAAACCUGAUGUUGUUGAUGA